AUGAACUACCUAACCAACAAAUACUAUUCCAACGAGACCCUAUCAACAACAUAUCGCCAGCCUGUCUACGGUGUAGCUACUACCAAGAAGAUAACCAACAUUGGUUAUCAUAAUUCUUAUGAUGUUCAUUUUCCAAAUACUAACAACUUUAUUGAUAGAUACUUGGAUACUCAUAUCACAGAACAACUACCAAUAGGACUAAUAACAGAUACAACAAUGUUACCAACAAGAAAUAAAGACUUAACAGUGAAAUUCCAUCAUCAAAUCGUUCAACAGAUACAAGAAGACAUUUGGAAACCUAGUAGAGCAUCAUUCACAAACAUUCACUUGGAUACAAAACCAUAUCCUUAA